AAAUACUGUAAUCAGUGGACACAGCCUGUGCUCUUCCCAUUGCAGCAGACAAUUUUAUAGACCAAUGUGUAGAAGUCAGUGUUGGGUAAUGUGGCCAGACAUCUGAUUCAGUAGCGUGGAACUUUAAAGAAAAAUUAUUUUUGAGAAGCAGUGGUUCUACCUGGAUAAUGCCAUUGGUCAUGUUUAUGGAACUACAUUCGAAGUAACUGGUGGUGGAAACCUUCAGCCAAAGCAAGAGGCGGAAGAGACUAACAAAGAAACAAAAGAAGCAGGUACUGAUAAUCGUAACAUAGUUGACGAUGGAAAGUCUCAAAAACUGACUCAUGAUGACAUAAAGGCUUUGAAGGACAAGGGUAUUAAAGGACAGGAAAUAGUUCAACAGUUAAUAGAGAACAGUACAACGUUCAGAGACAAAACAGAAUUUGCUCAAGAUAAAUACAUAAAGAAGAAGAAAAAAAAAUAUGAGGCACUUAUUACAAUUGUGAAACCAUCCACUCGCAUUCUUUCAACUAUGUAUUAUGCAAGGGAACCUGGAAAAAUUAACCACCUGCGGUAUGACACCCUGGCUCAGAUGUUGACUUUAGGAAACAUCCGUGCUGGCAACAAGAUGAUUGUAAUGGAAACAUGUGCAGGCCUUGUGCUGGGUGCAGUGAUGGAGCGAAUGGGAGGCUAUGGAUCCAUUAUUCAAAUGUAUCCAGGAGGGGGACCUGUUAGAGCUGCUACCAGUUGUUUUGGAUUUCCAAAAGUCUUUUUUGAUAACCUUCAUGAAUUCCCUCUCAGCAAAGUGGAUAGUCUGCUCUCUGGGACAUUUUCUACAGAGACUCUGCCUUCAGAACCCGAAGAUAAUGUGCUAGCAGAAGAAGAAAGCAAUGGUUUGACUGAUGAGAAGCAGACUUCCCUACAGGAAACAGAAGAGGAAUCUACUACUGAAGCAGCUAUGGAGAUCAACCGAACAGAAGAGCAAGAAACAAUGGACAUUAAUGCUGAAGGUGUAGAACAUAAAGAGAACAAAGAAAAAGAAAAUAAGGAAAAUGUUCGGGAAAAGCAAAGAAAACAGUGGGAGAGAAGGAAAAAGCUGUUAGAAACUGCUGCUUUGUUGAGAGAGAAGAAUGCUGAUGGCUUAAUUGUAGCCAGCAAGUUUCAUCCCACUCCUUUACUGCUUGCUUUACUGGAAUUUGUUGCUCCUUCAAGGCCUUUUGUUGUCUACUGCCAGUAUAAAGAGCCAUUAUUAGAAUGUUACACAAAGCUGAGGGAAAGAGGUGGUGUUGUUAACCUAAAGCUGUCUGAAACCUGGCUACGGAGCUACCAGGUCUUACCAGAUCGAAGCCAUCCAAAACUGACAAUGAGUGGAGGUGGAGGGUACCUUCUGUCUGGUAUAACUGUUGUCUUGGAUAAGGGCAAAUCUGAUUCCAGUAACUUAGAAGCACUGAAGAUGGAAGAGCCAUCAUCUAAAAGAUGCAAAGUUCAAGACCUCCAUUGUUAACAUUUGAAGAAUUGAUUUGGUUUUUAGAUCUCAGGAGUCUUAACUGUUAGUAAAAUAACAAAUACACAUUCUGUGCUCUUGACAGCACAGGAAUUGUACCUGCCAUACAUCUGUUACCAAAAAGCAGCAGGACUGCCUGGUAGGGAGGACUGGCUCACUUUUUACCAGCAUACACGAUCAGAAUGAGAAGAAAAACUCCUUGGAAGCAAACAUCCCAUUGACUUCAAAAAAAAAAGAGAAGAUCAAGAGAAGCUCAAGUAUUCUGUUUGUUUGGUGCCAAAAGUGGACAUGAUGAAGUAGUUUUUAAAAGGCUGAAUUCCAAAUCAACACAUGGACCUUUGCUUUCUGUUUUCCCAGAACAGGGUCAAGAUGACACAUUGUAGGUAGUGAUCUGCUUCCCCUUGGGACACAGAACCUGAAUGUGUUCAGCAAUUUAAGGAAGUGGAAUCAACAGCAAAAAUCAGUUUUCUUCCCGAAGGAACAGUAAAAAGAGAAUACUAAUGUCGGACCUUUAUAGCAUAACACCAUUUUCCUAAAUAAGUACAGAAGAGAGUGCAUGUUCAGAAAUUAAAAUAUCAGAUAUUUAAACAGAAUGUCUCUGUUAGCAUUGCCUGUCAUUUUCCUGGGAGUUGUGAUAUGGUUUUACACCACUAUGUGUGUGUAUAUGUAUUUAUUCUCCUGGCUUAUCUUUUGUGUGUAGCCUCUUUUUAAUUAUUUUUUUUCACUUUGUCAUUUUAAUUAAA